AUGCAACCUGGACGGUAUCAACAUACGGAAAUUACUUGCCAUACCGAUUUCACAUCACCGCGUCUGGUUCUGUACACCUACAAAUCUGCACGAUGGCCUUUCAUCGUUCGGCGAAUAAAGCGUUCACCUUUCCAACCGGUCAAUCGAAUUGGCCAGACUCCCAGGGAUCAACGUGUGCUUCGAAUAGAAGCACAAAUGCAUGGAUUGGAUGAUCUGUUUCAUGUAGCAAGGUCUUCUACUUCUGCUGAGAAUGAUCGAUGGGUAAAACGAGCGCGUUUUCAUCUCGGUCGAUGGUUUGGUUUAACCUCCAUGGAUAAGAAAUCUGAUUUGCACUGUACUGACCAGCAGAAUUCAUUUGGCUGCGAUGAUAUCUCUCUGACUGAUGCUUCUCAUCUGGCUACGGACUGUCCACAAAAGGCGCCACCUACGCAUGAAAUGGUCCAUGGUUUCGACUGCGAACCGUUGAUGCUUUUCCUCGAGUCUGGUGAGACUUGCCUACUCCGAUUCGACGCGAGUCCGGAUCGCGACCAAUGCCUACGUGCGUUGCAUGGAAUACUGAAUAAGAACAAACUACUACGAGGCUAUCCAGAUAUGGAUUACGUCUGGACGGCAACUGUCCGGUACAAAAUUCGAGCCACUCACUUCCCGCUCACUUCACUUCCCGCAUCGGGGUUUGCAAACUCUGUGGGACGACGGUUUCUAUGUCUUACCGUGUCAGAAUUUCUGAUCGUGCACUGCAAUUUGCGCCAACCGGAAUUGGUUUGCCCAUAUUCAUUUGUGCGACAAUGUGCCUCACGCAGAGAUGGUCAGUUUCGUCUUUGGCUCGGGCGCGCUUCUCCUCUGGGUGAAUGUGAGGUAGUGUUGCAAAUGUCCAGUGCCAUGGUAGCCCGAUUCACCCAUGAAACAUUCACUCGGUUGAUGACUCAGUGCGGGACGCGAUAUCGACAGCUCCGCUCAAGCUUUGUCAGCGAUCUGAGCACGGAAUUCAUAGAACACCUCCCCAGAUUGCCACGUCCCAGUACCGUGAUUCACACCGCCGCUUCAAGCAAUCCGACAGAAACCAGACCAAGCCGAGUGAGUUUCGGAAUUGAAUCGAACCAGUCUGACGGAUCCAAACCGGCGCCUGCUCUGUCCAAUUCUGUUGAACGUUCAUGGGACACGCUUAGUCGGGGAACAUCUCCACCGGGAACUGAAUGGGCUUCUAGCUUCGGUCAUUCUGGACGAUCCAUGCGGCGCACCAGGUCAUUUGAUGCUGCUGAAUUGUUCCCGUCAAGAAAAACCAAACACAAAAUAUGCUCACAUCGGAAGACGCAUAGCGCAGGUGGACGUGUCAAUCUCCCUUCCAUAGCCGCUCCAGGCUCAUCACUAUCCCCGAACCAGUCGGUUAGUGUGGUUACUGUUCGUUUCACCCUGUUAUCUGGUUCCAUGGGGAAUAAAUAUUGA